AUGUCUUCCGUCGAUUGUCUCAGAGACUCCUUCGAGAAGGACCGCAUCUUGGAUGGUCGUUUCCGCACUGUCGCCCCCCUCAACCAUGGAUCUUUUGGUAUGGUGUUCCUUGCGACAGACACUGUCACCGGCCAGGACGUUGCGAUCAAAUGCCUGACCAAGACGGCCUCCGCCGACUCCUCGGCUCCGUUCCCCAUGGAUGAUCAGUUCGAGGAGUUGGAAUGCCACCGCCGCUUUGGCCACCAUGCCAACUUGGUAAACUUGAUCCAUUCGUUCGAGACCGAUCACCACAUGUACCUCGUCUUGGAGUACUGUGCCAACGGUGAUCUAUACGAAGCCAUCCGCCAUGAUCGCGGUCCCUUGGAAACGGAGCAUGUGCGUGACAUUAUGCUUCAGCUUGUCAGUGCAGUUGAAUAUAUGCACGCCAACGGCCUCUACCACCGCGACAUCAAGCCUGAGAACAUCUUCCUGAUGUCUGAUGGCUCGAUGAAACUGGGAGACUUUGGUCUUGCCACUCGCGAGUCGUGGUGCCACGAGGCCUGUGUCGGCAGUGACCGUUAUAUGGCUCCCGAGCAAUAUGAACCUCCUGCCACCGGCUAUUCUCCGGCUCAAGCUGACAUUUGGUCCGUGGGAGUGUGCUUGCUGAACAUUCUGUUUUCCCGCAAUCCUUUCACUUCGCCUUCGGAGUCCGAUGUUUUGUUUGCGGAUUACGUGCGUGACCGCCAGUCUCUGUUCGACAUCUUCCCGAACAUGUCUCAGGACACCUUUGAAAUUCUUACCCAUGCGCUGGCUAUUGACCCAUCGAAACGGUCGUUGUCCGAGGUGCGCGAAUGCAUCUUGCGGACGGUCUCGUUCACAACUGAUGACGAGUCUUUGGAUGAAUUCUGCACCGAGGAUCGUGAGGUUGUCACCGCCAGUGCCAACCGCGAGCCUCUUCGCACUCCCUCUAUCCAGAGCCCUCACAUCAACCAAGGCGAUUCCUUCCCCUGGACCAAGAUGCUGCAUUCUAGCCCUCCCCAAGCUUCUCGCCAGCUUUCCGUCAUCCCGGACAACGAGAGCUACACGGAGGAUCUUUUCCCACCUUCCGAGGUGGCCGGUACAUCUUGGUUCUCCGCGCACCCCGACACUCCGUCUAUGGCAUCUGUUUUGGAUUCCGCGAUGGGUGAGUCUUUCCGCUCGACCAAUCCUCCCAAGACCCGCGGUCACUUCCUUCCCCGAUCCGAUCCGGUUCCUAUCACUGGCUCCCUGCCGAGUCAUGCUACCAAACCUCUGCCAUCCUUGUCGAUGGUUUUUGGCAAGAACUCCACCGAUCAAAUCUCCAAGAGUUGGAGUGAUCUUUGGGACGAGGAGGAAUCUGAGAAUGAGGACCUGGCCCUCCAGCAGCGACAUGAGCAGAACUCUCGCAGCUGGAGCCAGGAGAGUCGGGAGGCCUCCCCGGGUCCCCUUUCCGAACUGCGCGAGCUGGACUCCGCUAUUCCGACCGUCGCCAAUCCUACUACCUCGGAGACUUCCACCUCCGCCUCUGCACCCCGUGCCAUUCGAUCCAUCACCUUCGAGGUUGAGAGCGAUACGGGAACUUCCAGCAGCACGCCACGUCCGAUACACCAGGCCUCUCCCAAGAAAUCCAACUUGGACAAAUGGGCGGAGCUUGGCGACAAACGCCGCAAUUGCAAAACUCGCGAGCCCUUUGGUCUUGCGCGAGCGGCCAACACCUGGCGACGCGAUUGGGGUCUUGGGUCCUCGGGUUUCGACCAUGGAUUCCGGCCCAAGCGAGACUCCCCUCAUCUCGAUCGCCGUCGCCGGUUGUUCCUGGAAAAGGACUGGCGCCACCACGACGAAGUCCCGUCGAAGCCCUUUCCAGUCAAGACUUCAUCCUACGAUACCACCAUCGACGAUGAUCUCGACCUCGUGGGCGGAUGGCACGAUCUGCACCUGUAG